UUUGACUUUCUGUCUAGGUUAGCGUCAGAUUGAAAACUGUGGACGGAACAAAGAUGAAAUAUCGGGCGUCCAUUUGAGGUUAGACAAAGGGUGUCGUAGCCACUUUCGCCCUCGUGCGUUUUCAGUCGCAAAAAAUAAAAGAGGAAGAGAAGAAAUUAAUUGAUCGUGCAUGCGACGUGACAACCAGUCGCCAUCAUGAGUAAGAUGUAUUCGACGGCAAACCUGUCGGACAAGGAGCUAAAAGAACAAGGGAAUCGUCUCUUCGAUCUACAUAAAUACGAGGACGCGGCCAGUUGUUACACAAAAGCGAUCAUGAAGAAUCCAGGCCAGGCAUUGUAUUAUACAAAUCGAGCAUUGUGUCACUUAAAGCUGAAACGAUGGGAAUCCGUGUGCAAAGAUUGCAGAUGGGCUUUGGAUAUAGAUCCUUGUCUAAUGAAAGGUCAUUUCUUUUUGGGACUUGCCCUCCUGGAAUUGGAGCUUUUUGAUGAAGCUGUCAAAUAUCUGCAAAGAGCUGUAGACUUGGCAAAAGAACAGAAGCUAAACUAUGGCGAUGACAUCACCAGUGUAUUGCGGCAGGCUCGAAAGCGUCGAUUCCAAAUAAGAGAGGAGCAAAGGAUUUCUCAGGAUAUCGAGCUGCAGACUUAUCUGAAUCAAUUGAUUGUAGACGAUGCGAAGCGUAAUUUAGCGACUCUGCAAGAACAGGAAACGGCAAAAGAUUCCGAUGAAAAAAAUUCAGCCGAAUUCGCUAGAAGAAAAGAUGAGAUUGAGGAAAAGAGAGAUGCCUGUAUAUCACGACUCAAUGAUCUCUUCGCUAAAGUUGACGAGAGAAGGCGGAAAAGAGAAGUGCCCGACUACCUGUGUGGUAAGAUCAGCUUCGAGAUUCUGCAGGAACCAGUGAUUACACCUAGUGGAAUUACAUAUGAACGGAAAGAUAUUGAAGAGCAUCUCCAACGGGUUGGUCAUUUUGAUCCAGUCACUCGUGUGCGUUUGACGCAGGAUCAGCUGAUCCCGAACUUGGCGAUGAAAGAAGUAGUCGAUACUUUUCUGCAGGAAAAUGAGUGGGCCUUACAUUACUGAUGCCGAUAUGUAGCUUACUGCCAUAGAUUUAAGUCAAGGUGGUGGCGAUUUCCCGCGAUGGAAGAAGAAAAUAUGAGCUUUGAAGAAGAGAUUUAGAGAAGGAUAUAUCUAACAAAGAAAUCUCAAGAGAGUGUAAAAUAGUAAAGUGUACAUGAAAAGGACUAAGUAUCUUGUUACCGUGAAAUAUUUUUACACGCCAUAUGAGACGUGGAAGCUAUUGUUAUCGAACGUAAGUACGCUAGUGAAUAGUUAAUGUAAUGAUAAGAUCGUGUAAACACAUACAGGAUAUAUAUAUACACAAUUCCAUAAGUGCUACAUAUAUACAAUUGUUAGUAAUUACAUUUAAAUUUUUUUUAUUUUCUUUUCUGGUAAUCUCUGAUUUAUGAAAACGAAAUUUGCGUAAUAAAA